AAUAUUUUAUUGAUAAAGAAUACGUGAUGUGUUUUUUUUUUUAAUAUUAUCAAAUUUGCAACGUUUAGAGUAAACACAAGUUUCAAUAAUGUUGGUAAUUUUUCGGAUGUGAAACGGCUUCGGUAAACUUUUUUGCUUUUCUUUGUACAGCAGGAAAUGUAAAUAAUUGAAAUUGCUUGUUUUAGGAUUGAAUUAUAACCGUACUGCAUAACAAAGUGACUUCAAUUUCUCCAUUUUGAAAGUUUGACACGACGUAUAUCAGCUUCAAGGCAUUUAUAUAAAAGGAUUAGAAAGCUUAUCACUGCAAGAAGUGUACAUUUUGAAAAAAAAAAUGAUUAGCCGGCGGAGAUGUUUGUUGCUUACAGGCAGGAUUUAUAUUUCUAAAUCAACCUGUCGGAUCUUAAUCGUGAGUGGCCUUCUGCUGUUCAUGUUUCACGUUGCCCUGAUGAUUUCUGCCUAUAAAGAUUGUCAACCUUUUGAACCGGAAAUAGACACAGACUUCCCUGCUGGUACCGAAACUGAGCCCAUUAUACCUCAUAUUUUACACCAGACGAGCAAAACAGAACAUGUUAAAGCAUCCUACAAAGGCUACAUAAAGUCAUUUACUGACACAAAUCCAGACUGGCAAUACUAUUUUUGGACUGAUGAUUCGGCCCGGAAGCUGGUGUUGGAGAAACGACCGGAUUUUAUACCAGUCUGGGACUCAUAUGAGGAUCCUGUUAACAGAGCAGACGCACUACGUUAUGUGGUUUUAUAUGAGUUUGGGGGAGUUUAUGCAGAUUUAGACUUUGAAUGUUUAAGACCCCUGGCGAGGGUCACAAGUAAAUAUGCCUGUAUCUUCUCCCCAGAGCCUUUUGAAAUGUCAGUAUUAACGUACAACCGACACUAUUUCAUGUCCAAUGCUAUAAUGAUGUGCCGACCUAAACACCCGUUUUUCAAGCUGAUGAUAGACAAUUUAUUUCUAUAUCAGGUAUUGAGGGAGAAAAUCGACGUUGCAGGACCCACGUUUGUUACUAGCAACUUCCUUCAAUAUAAUAAUCUUCAGCAGCAUUAUAACGACUUUUAUAAAGAAUUAAAACCCCAGAGUAACUCACCCUUUUUCUAUAAAGGUGCUUUACCCGAGGAUCACAGUGAAGCGGUAUACGUUGCAAAUUCAAAAUAUUUCUUCAACACUUUGGAUACUUACAAUUACCGUGUGUUACGUAUGUUCAGAGAUUGUUUUCUGUUCUAUUCGUUGAAUUUCAACCAAAAACGUGCCUGUCCCGAACUUUUCAAACGGUACAUGAGCUUUCGUUCGAAAUACGCUUAUGCCGAACAUCACUGGAUUCACAGCUAUGUAACUCGAAUAUCGGAUAUAAUCUGGCCACAUCAAGAGUAUAUGCAUAUAAAAGAUAUUGUAAAACAUGCUCAGAUAUAUUAGACUAUUUACGACAAAUUAUGUCCAGACGGAGACCUUCGAACACUAUUUUGAUUGAUGUAUAUUUAAAAAAAGUAUUUAUAGUGAAUGUUUAACUUCAGAAGUCAAUAUUUACAUGUAUAAUUAAUUUAUUAUUAUUAUUGUUUGUAAUCAUUUGCUUGCUUUGGUUUCAUUCUAACUUUUUGAUAAACAAUGUCAUAAAAGAACAUGACUUUAUACAGGGCCUGAAUGGCCGAGUAACUCUGAAA